CUCGGCCCCCCGCACUGUUUGGCGUUUUUGUUAAGCUCUCGCUUAACCUAACUGCCGGAAGCAAGUGUUCGACGAAAUGACGAACGCCGGGGCGGCCGCCGCGGCAGCGAAGGGCGUGGCACUGGGCGCGCGCACAGCGCGCUCCUGCGACGGCUGCAUGCGGCGGCGUGCGCGGUGGCACUGCCCGGCGGAUGACGCCUUCCUGUGCCAGACCUGCGACGCCGCCGUCCACUCGGCCAACCCGCUCGCGCGCCGCCACCACCGCGUCCGCCUCCCCUCGGCAUCCUCCUCCUCACCUCCGCGCGACCCCGAAGCGCCCGCGUGGCUCAGCGGCCUCAAGCGCCGGCCCCGGACGCCGCGGUCCAAGCCCGGGAGCAAGCACGAGGCGGCGUCCGCCGCGGCUUCGUCAGCGGCGGUCCCGGAUCUCGAGGAGGAGGAGUCUGGCUCUGGCACCGUGGGCUACAACGACCACGGGAUGGAGAACGACGACGAGGACCUGCUGUACCGCGUGCCGGUGUUCGACCCCAUGCUUGCCGAGCUGUACAACCCCGUGAUCGAGGGGGGGCAGAAGCCGGCCUGUCUGAUCUCGUCCCUCACGGAGACGUCGCCAGAGUUCGCCUCCGGCUUGGCGGAGGCAGAUGGGCUCUCUGGGUUCGACGUCCCCGACAUGGAGCUCGCCAGCUUCGCCGCGGACAUGGAGAGCCUCCUCAUGGGAGUCGACGACGGGUUCGACGAUUUGGGGUUCUUGGACGACGAGAAGCCUCAGGUGAACGUAGACUUGGGCAUGGACUUCGAGGCCAUGGCGGCGCCUGAACGAGAGGACAAGAAAAGGAAGCGGCCGGAGAUGAUACUCAAGCUCAACUACGAGGGCGUCAUCGCUUCUUGGGCCCGUGACGGCGGACCGCCGUGGUUCCACGGCGAGCGCCCUCACCUCGAUCCCGGCGAGUCAUGGCCGGACUUCCCGGCGGGGAUCAGGGGAUGCCUCGGCGGUGCCGUGACGGCUGUGACCGGCGGCGAGCGGGAGGCGCGGGUGUCGCGGUACAGGGAGAAGCGGCGGACGCGGCUGUUCGCCAAGAAGAUCCGGUACGAGGUGCGCAAGCUCAACGCCGAGAAGCGGCCGCGGAUGAAGGGCCGGUUCGUGAAGCGCGCCUCGCUGCCGCCGCUGCCGAGGCCACCGCCGCCACAGAAGCAGAAGCAGCCGCCGCGAGCGCUGCCGCAGGUGGGCAUGGUGCUCGCGCCCGAGCUGGGAGCGCACGGGCGCUUCCGGUUUUGAGACCACGCGUUCGUACGUGCAUGAUGCAUCGGUGCAUCUGCAUGCUAUAUAAGCAUAAACACUAUCACGUAUUCACGUAGCUUGUUCUUUCUACUCUACUUUAAAUUGGGGCUGAACAUACCUAGUGCUAGUUUUGAGCAGAAUUCAUGUGAAUUAGGCUCCCCAAGAUGCCUACUUACGACUGAAACAUUAGCUUCUGCUUGUGCAGAAUUUCAUGUGCAAAGUAGCUAAGUAUUUGUGUAUUGGUGCUGAACGUACCUAGUGCAUAGAAGGAUCAUAUGCAAAGUAGCUUACUUACGUUGGCUGCUUUUCUUCUAUUUGUAAAGAAGGAUAUACUAAUUACAAGGGUGUAGAUUUCGAUGAUCUCAGAACAUAGGAAUACAUGUGUAAAGAUCUGAAACUCUUAACUGAAACUGUGUAACAUCAAAGUGAUGGGUAUACUAUGUGGUUGGGUUAGAGUUCCUAUUGAAAAUGGCUUGUAAGUUGUAACUAGAGGAUGUAUGUUGCUGGGGCCGCAUAGUUCUUUAUGCAUGAUGUCUUCCAUUCUGUGUUGGAUCUUGGGUGGCCUCGUCGAGGCCACAAUGUUGGUCGUAGGUUGAUGCAUGCUCCUACUACGAUUUUCUGCUGACAAAAAAGAUUGUAUGUAUGCCACCUUUGCUCUCUGUGUAAUUGAGACAUUUCCGCCAUUGAGCAUGCCACUUA